UUGGAUUAAGUUCUUGAGGGGUGAAGUGAAGAGGCUGUUCCAAGCUUUCAUUUUCUUCUACUACUUUUCUUUUCAAAUUCUUCCUAACCUGACAAAAAUAGCUGAAAGAUCAAAAUUUACUUAUGUGUCUUGUCAAGAUAUACUUUCUGUGUGUGUGUGUGUGAUUAUAUGAGAAUAAUAAAAUGAUAUAAUCUUUUACUUGAUUCAGCUUGAUUAGUCUUUGAGGGGUGAAGAGCUUGCAAAAACAUGGCUUUUCCAAACCAAUCCAUGUCAUCAGAGUCUCCCCAGAGAAAGAUGGGAAGAGGGAAGAUUGAGAUCAAGAGGAUUGAGAACACCACCAGUCGACAAGUUACCUUCUGCAAGCGCAGAAAUGGCUUGCUCAAGAAGGCAUAUGAGUUAUCUGUGCUUUGUGAUGCAGAGGUUGCUCUAAUUGUCUUUUCAAACCGUGGCCGCCUCUAUGAAUAUGCUAAUAACAGCGUCAAAGCUUCAAUUGAGAGGUACAAGAAAGCAAGUUCAGAUUCAUCUAGUGGUGGACGAUCUGCUUCUGAGGCUAAUGCUCAGUUUUAUCAGCAAGAAGCAGCCAAACUGCGUGUGCAGAUCAGCAAUCUGCAGAAUCACAAUAGGCAAAUGAUGGGUGAGGGUUUGAGCACCAUGAAUGGCAAGGAUCUCAAAAACCUAGAGACUAAAUUAGAAAAAGGAAUCAGCAGAAUUCGUUCCAAGAAGAAUGAGAUGCUAUUUGCAGAAAUUGAGCACAUGAAGAAAAGGAUUGCACAGGAGAUAUACUUGCACAAUGACAACCAGCUUCUUAGAGCAAAGAUAGGAGAAGGUGAGAGGAGUCACCAUAAUGUUAACGGGUUGUCUGGAAGCACAAGCUAUGAAUCGAUGCAAUCUCAGUUUGACUCUCGCGGCUUCUUCCAAGUGACUGGAUUACAACCUAAUAAUAAUAAUCAGUAUGCCGGGCAAGACAUGUCCCUUCAAUUUGUUUGAAGAGUUUAAGCUUGAGAAGGAGAAAGACUUAGAUUUCCUAUUGUUUGUAUUUGACAUCUAGUGUGAUAUAUAGGAAUAUGCUAAAGCCUAGGAAAUAUGCAGAACUCAAUGGAGGGAAUUCAUUUAAGUAUUCCCCUCAGUACUAUGUUAUGGACUAUUUAGUAUGUAUACAGAUACUCUGAGUACAGAGAUUGCACCAUGGCAUAUUUUGUCAACUUCUGUUUACUUUCCAUAUUACUCCUGUAAGAUAGGCUUCUAUAUAUGUCUAUUUCAUAUUUCAGUUACUAUGAAUUCAAGGUCUUACUCAUA